GCCCCCGCCCCUCGCCGCCCGCGGCUCCUCCUCGCUUCGCCAUGGUGGAGCAGGGAGACGCGGCGCCGCUGCUGCGCUGGGCCGAGGGCCCCGCCGUCUCCCUGCCGCAGGCCCCGGAGCUGCAGGCUGGGGGCCGGGGCUGGGGCAGCGGCGGGGGGCCCCGGCCCGCCGCGGAGCCGUUGAGGAGGCGGGAGCCGGGGGAGCUGGGUCCCUCCGAGGUGCUGCUGCAGCCCGGGCGCCUUGAGCUCGGCGACACAGAGGAGGACCAGGUGGUGGCCGUGUUCGUGGUCACCUUCGAUCCGCGCUCGGGAAACAUAGUAGAAUGGUGCUUACCUCAAGAUAUUGACCUUGAAGGAGUUGAAUUCAAAUCUAUGGCCAGUGGGUCUCAUAAAAUUCAGUCUGAUUUCAUCUAUUUCCGAAAGGGGCCCUUCUUCGGCCUGGCCUGCUUCGCCAACAUGCCGGUGGAAAGCGAGCUAGAGCGUGGCGCACGCAUGAAGUCUGUGGGCAUCCUCUCUCCUUCUUACACCCUGCUUUACCGGUACAUGCACUUCUUGGAGAAUCAAGUUCGACACCAGCUGGAGAUGCCAGGACAUUACUCUCAUCUGGCUGCUUUCUAUGAGGACAAGAAAGGGGUGCUCCAUGCUGGUCCGGGGAGAGGCAGCAGCUUGCCCCCUGUCUACUGGCUGCCUUCCAUCCACCGAUACAUGUACCCCGAGAUGAAGAUCACACACCCAGCUGGCUGCAUGUCUCAGUUUAUUAAGUUCUUUGGAGAACAGAUCCUCAUCCUCUGGAAAUUUGCCUUACUUCGAAAGCGCAUUUUGAUAUUUUCACCCCCGCCUGUGGGAGUUGUAUGCUACAGAGUGUACUGCUGUUGCUGCUUGGCCAACAUUUCCCUGCCUGGCAUCGGGGGCACCAUUCCUGAGUCCAAGCCUUUCUUCUAUGUGAACGUGGCUGACAUUGAGAGCCUGGAGGUGGAGGUGUCCUAUGUGGCCUGCACCACAGAGAAGAUUUUCGAGGAGAAACGUGAACUGUAUGAUGUCUAUGUGGAUAACCAGAAUGUGAAGACACACCAUGACCACCUGCAGCCCCUGCUGAAGCUCAACAGUGCUGACAGGGAGAAGUACCGGCGGCUCAAUGAGCAGAGGCAGAUGCUGCUGUAUUCCCAGGAAGUGGAGGAAGACUACCACCCUUGUGAAGAGGACCUCUUUGUGCUGUUUUUCCUAGAGCAAAACAACCGGAUAUUUCAGACUCUGUUGGAGGUAUCUGCCAGUCAAGACAAAACCCUGACAGCAGAACAUGCCAGGGGCAUGGGUCUGGACCCCCAAGGAGACCGGAGCUUUCUUAUGGACCUGCUGGAAGCCUAUGGCAUCGAUGUCAUGUUGGUCAUUGACAACCCCUGUUGCCCAUAGGAAGUGGUGAGCCACUCUCAUGUGGGCUGAGAGCAGCCUGGAGUUCAGCCCAGGCCCAUAAAGGGCCUCCUUUUUUAUUAAGUCGAUACCAUGGAAUAUUGUUUAUCCUUUCCAACAAAUGUAAUUUUUGAAAUUUCCUUUCUUCCCUUUCCUUUCCUUUCUUUCACCUUUGGUUUUAUGUCCUGCUUUGGUAGGAUGUUAGAAUCUACCACUUUCUCCCCAGAACUGCUUGUUCUUUGAGCCUGGUUUGAUCCUAGGAACUAUAAAAGUAGAUUCUCUUAUUUCACUCAUUGUUGAGUGACUUGGGGAGAUGUGGUGAAGGCCAUAUAUUACUAGGAGAAGAUCAAGCCCUGGUAACACUGAGGUGGACUAUUCAUAAAGUCUGUACAUUCUUUGUCUCUUGAUGUAUUCAAGCAAAAGACAGCUAUGUGUCCAGUGUGGCCUUAGAUGGUCAUCUGCCUGAAGGCAGAUGCUAGACCAGAUAACCUUUCGAGAUAUUUAGUGGUUCUAAGAGUCUAUAUAGUCUUUGGAUCAAAUUCCUUUUCUUGUUUUGGGGGGCAAAUCCCUCUCUUCUCUGUUCACUUGAGUAGAGACCUCAAAGAGGGACCAAAAGGGUAUUUUUGACACCAGGUAUGAGCUUCUCUAAGGACAGGAUGAUAGGGAAGGUUGUUUAUUAGUCAGCUGAAAACUAAAAUUGUAGAAUGAGGCCUUGAAAGCUUUCUCAAAGUAAGUUAAUGGUGGCUGGCCAAUGUGAUGGUCCUUUCCCUGAUCCUCUCCUCCUGGGAUGGAUUGGAGUAUUCCUAAGGCCCAUUGCUGGCCUUGGAGCCUACAAGCAAAUUCAUUUCACAAUUUAGUCUUCUUUAAGGGCUAAACAUCUUCUUGGAGUAAUUUGGGUAUUUGUAAAGGGCAUAGUGCAUAGCAACCAAAGGGCAGAGCAGUCAAGCUUUGGAGAUGAAGAAGUAAGUUUAUUUAUAUGGAUGAGAGUUUUUUGGAGGCAUAACCAGCAGAGCCUCUGGAUCAGAUAAGAUUCACUGGAUUUUGAAAUCUAGCAAGUAUGUGAGCUGACUAAGUCAGAAGUUGUGGUAUGGUGUUAAGAAGACUGUUUACCAGUUUGGAGUUUGGAUCCCUGAUAAGCAGACUUCUCUUCAACAGUGACAAUAUUCUUGAACUAAGUACUUAGGGCAAGAGACCUAACAGAUUUGUUAGAGAAAAUUUGACAGUGCCUUCUCCCAGCAAAGUGGUCAAGGAACGCUUGAGUGUCACUAAUGAAUGCAUCUGCUUUCCUAUGAAAUGUUUUGGUCUGGGGCCAGUCCUAUUGCUGCCUGCUUUGGCAGGGUGUUUGAUGGAUGCCAGCUUAGAUGAGACAGCAAUUGUUUGUUAAGCAGACUCAGGAAGCCAGCUCCUGUGAGAGUAGUGUUUAGGUCUUUUUGGCCAUACUUUAGGAUCUAGACUUGAGAUACUGCGUUGUUGGUGACAAAUGAGUUCUUCCCCUUCAGCCUUCCUGUCUGGCUCUGUUACUGGAAUAGCCAUCAGUAUAUCCAUGUCUGUGACUAAGAUCCUGCCAGGCUAAUGUACACAGCAGAGAGAAAUAACUUCAAAUGGAUGGAUCAUAAGUCUUCUCUCAAGACUAGAUUUUUAUAGCUUAUUGCUUUAUUCAAAUGUAUUUUCACUAUAGCUCCUUGAUAAGAAGUUCAAGAGUUAAGAAAUUCAGAUAUGUGGCCGUGCAAACAGACAUUGAUUAAUCAAAGUAGAAUCUUUUAUGUAAAUAUAUAAAUACAUUUGGGCAUUAAAAUGUAAAGUAUACAAUGAUACAUUUUUCUCCUCUGCAGUGUGGGUUUAGCCAUCAUUUCAGUGAUGUGUGUUUACAAAACAAACAAAAAAAAACAUAUCUUUAGAUGUUGAAGCUUCUCCAUUAUGUUUUCCUUUGAGACCAACCUUCUCCUCUUGCCUCUCAAGAGGGAGCCUUUUUAACUUAGGUCACCUAAUGGUUAUUUUUAGUGGUAUUUUAAGGUUCAAGGUUUUCUAAGUUGGGGUGGGGGUGGUUAGGAGUAGGGGUAUAAGUGAAAGGAAAGGUCUGAUUCUCUUGGACGACAUAGGCAGACCCUUCUUUUCUGGAACUGGGGAAUUGGUUGGAAGGAUACUCUCUUUAAGAACUUGUUCCAGAGCCUUUUCACAUAUGAACACUUGUUUUGUACGAUAUUUUCACUCCAAGCUCAGAAGUACUGCAGGGAAGACGGUAAGAUGAGAAUGAGGUUCUGGUGUUUACUUUUGAAUGAUAAGUCAGGUAACUACAUCCCAUUACAGGCAGCUGUCUGAUUGGCAUCUCCUUGCGUUUGUGCUCACACUCAUGCAGAGGACCAAAGUAUGGGUGGGCCUGGAGGGAAAUGUACCAGUGAGGCAGUGGCAUGUCUUAGUUCAUAAGGAGCCUGGGUGAAGCUGACCCCAGAGCAGAAUUUCUCCCCUCCCUCACUGUAUUCCUUUAAGAAAGAAUCCAAGGAUUCAGUCCUUCCCUACAUUGCCAGCUUCCUUGCAGGGCUAGAAAUCUAGUGCAACACCUCUGCCUGGCGAACAGAAUGCUCUUUAGCUCUUUCAUUAUCUUUGUCACUGUUUAUCACCCCCAAAGUAUUUCUUGGCUAGGUUGUGGUGUGACUCUUUUUACUGAGGUCACCUUUUGAAGGCUUGCUUUGUUCCAGACUUUCCCUGUUUCCCCAAAAACUGAAGUUAGCAGGCACAACUCAGCAUCAUUUGCUGCCAGUUCCCUAUAAGGGAAUUAAUUUGUGAAGUACCUGAUAGGAAUAUCUACACAGUGACAACAGAAGCUAGGAGCCACACAGGCCACUUUUCCAUUACCCUUGAAAUAUUUUCUAAUGAGGAACUAUCUGCUUUUAUUCAGAAGGUGUUCCCAGAAAUCCUUUUUUACUGCCUUCUAAGUUAGUAAGCUCUGAAGGGGUAGAGGUUAUUCCUUCUGGAGCAGCGUUGGAAACCUAGCAUGUGGGUGCCUUUCUGAUGAUAGCCUUCUGCCCUUCCCUACUGUUGGACUCUUCUCUCUUCCCCUCCCUGCCUAAGCCUGCUUUGUGUUUCUGGGAACUGGAAGCCUGAUUUGGUCCCAUGCUGUGAACCAUGUGCUAACCUGGAAGUAACUGCUGACCUGUGAUGCCUGCGACUGCCCUAUCAUCCCGGAAUCAAGGUAGAAGAAAUUCCAGGUAGCUAGAUCCUUGUGGGGACUGGAAUCCAGGCUUGGGGUUUAUCGGUAUUCACAUAAAAUAUGACAGAGGCCUGUUAAAGUAGAUUUUUUUUUUUUUUAUUUAGUUUUGUAAUCUUGGUAGAGUUAAUACUCAGCCUUUGGGAAAAUGUUCCGUUGCCCUCUGGCUAAGAACUCUUUCUCCACAAGGAGUCCGAAAUGGCAGGGCUUAUCUCCUACCAAACUAAAACACAUGAGCCAAAUAAUUUGUCUUUGGCUUCAGUUAAACCUGAAGCAUUCUUCACACUUGCUAUGGAUCCAUUUCAAUGAAAGUGUCCUACCUGAGGCCCUGUGCAGUCCUUAGUAAUUUAUGAUUGCAACAAAUUAGAGGGCAUUUGCCUUCCAUAUCCAUUGUAGCAUGCUGCCUUCCAUUUGGUUAGAGGAGAGGGGCUGAAUUCAAUAUAGUGAUAGAAAUAAAUUAGCACAGUGGUGAAGAUAAUUCCAAAUGUCACACAUGAAGAUUUGCUUAUCAGUGUAUCUGUAUGAUAUUUUAGCUAGGAGAUAAGGAUAAAUUUAAUCAUAGCUGAGUUAUUUUUAAUUCUGGUGACUAUGAGGAUUAACUUGCAUGUCUAUGUAGAUAGAAAAUUCUUCUAAAAAGAUAUUAUUCACCUUUACACCUAGGCCUUUAGGGAAACUUUUGUAAAGGGCAGUAAUGAAUUAACCUUUUAAUGGUAAUGCAUCAACCCUUCAAGAAGAGGCAGGAACCAUAGGGACCAUUUUGUUUUGCUUUUCCUUUGAAACCACACAGCUCAGGGAAGGAUUGAGAGGAUUUCUCCAGUCCCAUUAAAGUUCAUCCCUGGGGAGGUAGAGAAGAGAGGGGAGGGUGAUGCUGAAUAAAAUUAUAAGACAGUGUUCAUCUUGACAGUAAGCUUGCCUUAGUUUUUGAUGACAGCUCUAAAUAAGCAAGAAAAUUAAUAUGGGGACCAACAUACAUGGGCUUUUAUCUCCCUGUUAGGUUCCUGACUAAUGAGCUCAGAACUUGUGAAAGGUCCAGCGUUUCUAUCUUCUCCUCUGUACCCCUUGGUUACACUUAGGACCCCUGAUAUGAGACUCCUACAGACUAAUAGGCUUACCUCAGCAGGCCAAGUCCCAUCCCUUCUUAUUUCAGGAAAACCCUUUUCUGAUUCAGGUAGGGAAAGAGAAGGAGUUAAGAGCUCCCAGUCAUGGGUUUUUAAUAUUCCAUUUUUAUUACUAAUAUACCUCUGUUUCUAGGAGCAAUUGGAGCACUACUGUUGUGGGAAAAAGCUAACUGUGAAUUAAGUUAAUGUUUUUCUUAAAAAUGGAAGUUUAUUUUUAUAUCGAUUUACUAUGUGUGAAUUGAGUAUGCAGAUGUUGAAAUGAAGGAAAUUUCAAAACUAUAAUCCUAGGAGAAAUGAGCAGUUCUGUAAUUUGGUAGUGGCUGAGACCCCAUAUAAGUUUCAUUAUGUAAAUAUAUUCGAGCAUUGACAUAAGGAGAUUGUGUUGUGAAAUCUUAAUGCAAUCUUUAGGAAAUAAAGUUGACAGUCUUGGGAGGAUGACAUACAAACACCAACCUUAAGUAAAACUCUUGUACAAAAGAGGGUAAAUGUGAUCAUUCUGACUAUUAGGCUCUUAGUUAAAUGGGGGAGGAACAAGGGGGUAAUUUUAUAACUGGCACUUUAAUUCAUCUUUGAAGCUAAAAUAUAGGGGCAGUUGAAUGAAAUUCCAAAUUUAGAAAGGGAAUAAGAAGAUUCUAGUGCUAUGUAGACAAAUGAUGGAGAAAUAAAGCCCUGCGUUCAUCUCUUUAGAGUUUAUUCUAGAAUUUCAGCAUAGCAUGGCCUUUUAGAGCUAAUAGUAUCUGAAUUCAAAAAAAUCUAUUUAAUUACCACAGUAGAAGGAUAGGUGUGAAUUAAUUAUGUUUGCUUUUGAAUGCCUAUUUAGACUGAUAAUAAAUUUACUUUGCUUUCUAAGGACAGUUAGGGAAUGUGGGGGUAAGGUAAGGUAUUAUGAAUUAGCCAGAGAUGAUUCACAAAAUAAAAAAUCCACACAGAGAUAAUUGAGUUAGCCAGUUGCAAAUAUAUUUAAUUUACAUUAAAGUGAAAACGCCUUUCUUCAGAUAAAUUAAAGUCUACAAAAAGUUUUGAAGGUGGCAUUAGGGGAUAAAAAACCUUUGAAUCUAGCAUGCCCCCAAAAAAUGUAAGUGAGGAAAGGUGUAAAUUCUGUGCUUUUGAACUGACUGGCUAGGAGAUUUAGGGGUAUAGAGUAGAGGAAGACAAAAUUAACUUCCUUUAUCUACCCAGAAUUUGCUUGCUACAUUUUUAUAAGACCAGGAAAUAAGAAACCUUUUCUGAAAAAUAAAUAAUUGUAGCCUUGGAAAAACUGUUUUCCUAUUUCUUCUGAGUUAGGAUCAGCAUAGCCUCCCUGUCACCUUAAAUGUAAAAACCCCUAUUUUGAGUAAUUCCCUAGCUUAAGUUAUAGCAAUAACAGAGACUGAAUCUAUUUUUGCUUCAAGUCUUUCCCUCACAUUAUGAAAUUAGUAAGACACUUCAUAAAUUUUACCCUGAACACCACUGCCUAAGGUAUAUUGGUAUUUCUCUCUGUUUUUAGAGGUAAUCCUUUCUAAGACCUAAAAAAAAAAAAAAAGUUGGGGUUAAUCCUGAAGCUAAGACUAAAUGUUUCUUGAGUUGAUUUUGUUCUGUGUAACAUCUGCAUAUAUCAUAUUUGUAUAUAUCUGAACCAGGUUGUGUGCAGAGAGGUUAAUAUAACUAUAUUUACAGAAAACAGUUUUUACAAUUAAAGUCACAUUUUAAAAUGAA